UGAGGUGCAGCUUCAUAAUCAAGCCCACAGGCGCCCGUCAAUGACGCCAGCACAGGUUUCAUGCAGGAGCACCGCUAAAUUGGCGCAGAUUUAUAGUUCAGGGCCCCUUCUUCACCUGCAGCCUCCCCUCCCUUGUGUAUGUCCAAUCAUUCUCAGCUAGAGUUAUGGCGCCAAACGCCUCAGGACAAGCGAUUGACGAUUUCUUCCAUCCGUGUGACAGCUCCAGCAACUGGUCUGCGCCGCAUUCCAGCCGGGUUUUAUGUCGCUGUCGAGAUCGACCGAACCCUUUGGAGAACAGCCGUUAAAGCGGAAGUACCGUCAAGCAAAGUCGUGCAGUGGGAUCAGAUUUUCGUCCUUCCCACAGAUAAUUCAGCGAUAGUAUCUCUGAGGAUCUGUGCAGCCUUCGAAUUUGAACGUAUGCUUGGGCGCGGCGAGUUGAUGCACGAAGCUCAACUCACAGUCGGAGAACUCUUGCACCACAGUAACCAUUUCCUACCCAUCUUAUUCUCCCAUGCCGGUGAAUCAACAUCUCUCCUGGUAACGGUUGACCGUGGCCCCGAAGACGAACCCGGUGCAACUCAAUUCGGCCAACGCUACUCCCCCGGAUCUGAGGACUCACAAUUUCUUGGACAAAUGACAGAAACCGGUCAGAAUCUACUCGCAUGCUAUCGCCGCACUCGUUGCAUCUCAGACUAUCACGCAGCCACAGAGCAGCUGCGCCUCACGCUUGGUUAUUGUGGCAGUGAUCACCCUGACCGUGCAGCGGCCUUAACUAAUUUAGCUGACGUUCUUGCCAUUCACCCACACAUCGAAGAAAGCGAUUACGCCAUCAACGCCCCUAUCUCCCUGUAUCAGGAGGCGCUGGAGCUACGCAGACCAGGGCACGCAGACCGUUCCUUGGCGUUGCUCAAGCUUGGACUCGCACUGCUAUACCGUUUCCAAAUACGGAAGAACCCCGCAGAUGUAAUGGCAGGGCAAGAACUGCUGAAUCGUGCGCAGGGUGUCUGUUCGGAUGAUAAUGCCGAUAUCAAACCCGUCUUUGACGCAAUCAGGAGCGCUACUUCUACUAGUACGUCAAGAAGCCACUGCUCUUCGCCGGCACCUCCGAGUCCAUCACCAUCUUCACCGCUUUCACAAAUGCCAAUGCAUUCCACGCCAUCACAGCCUCAUAAAUUCCCUGAGGCACUGGGACGCACUGCUGACCUAUCAACACGUUCUGCUCCGCUGUCGAUGAGAAGCGUGAACGGUGAAUCGUUGCCACAGCAUGGACAUGCAGAACAGUUCGGAGAUGAGAAAGGCUCUGCCACAGUUUUCUAUGAAACCAAAGCACCACUAGCAGCCUGUCAGUCCACACACGCCCCCUCGCGUCCGGGAACUCCAUAUACAAACUCUGUUACGAAGCCUCCCAAACUACCGCCAGGAACUCCACACCGAGAAUGUAACACGAAGUUGCUGGCCCCUGCUGUGGAAAUGCGGGUGAUGCAGCCACAACAGGCUAAAUCUGUCUCAUCACCGCUCACACCCAGCUCUUUCCUCCCCUUGCCGGUACCAGCUGCUCAGGCCCCAGAUUCGUUCAUCUCGAAGCCGUGUAUAGCAUUGAUUGCUGGUGGCGUGUCUCUGUCUAUUCUCCUCUUGAUGACGUGUCCAUCGCAUGGGCUAUGGCUUUGAUUAAUGUUAUUAACUUAUUAUUGGUACCUUCAUUCACAUCUGUAAUACUAGGAUCACGUUACAUUUAUUCUGUACCAUCGAACUGUAUUUACUGAUGUAUCCAUUAUGAUUUAGCUCGC